UUAAAUUAUAUUUUUAAUGCAAUAUUUGCUACCCUGGUUUCAAAACAUACCUUUAUCCAAUUUUUCGAUAUUUAUUUAAUACCUCUAAUUCUAGGGAAAUGCUUGCUUAAUAUUCUUAGUGAAAAUUUUGAUUGGAACAGUUUGCAGUUCUUUUCUCCUGUCUGAAAUUAAAUUUAAUAUCCCGGUUCGCUUUUCUAGGCAAUUUAGACCUGUUAAAAUCCUGCAAAUCAAAUUUCGAACUAAACGAACCAUUCCGCCGUAUAUGUCAUGAUUUUAUCUGACUCACUUUUCUAAAUUAAGAAGACUUUAUUGCUUUCUCUUAUUAAAUAAAAAUGUAACAAUUCAUUAUAUCGCAACUAUAAAUCUUAGCUGUUGAAAUUUUUGUUUCUAUAGCUGAGCAGUUUUGGAUCGCAACACUUAAAAAACUCUCUUGCCUUUUCUGACACGGCUAAUUCCGCACGUAUGCGGAUUGCACAGCUCGCGUCGGUUGGGCGGGAGGCGGGUAAUCGUUAAGUUAUUAAAUAUUAUUAUUAUAAAAAUAUUUAAAAUGAUUAUUGAAUAUUUUUUAUUGUGUAGUUUGUUUAUUUUGUAACGCUCCCACAUUUGGGGCGAGCGCCAAUAUUACACUCGCCUUACUCUGAGAAGAGAGCCAACACUUAUACAAAAAUUUAUUUACGCUCUUUGCAAUGAAUAACCGAAUUCGGCGCAUUGAACCGACCGGCCUAGCUCUGCUGACUUGACUGUUAGCUUGCGUAUACAAUACACUGUUGUUCUUGCUAUUUCUGCCAUGCUUGCGGUGUAGUAUCUGCUGUUUGAGCAAAAGGAAAACAAGACAAUAAAUGAAAAUGGUUUGAAAUAGUACGUACGAGGGUAUAUGACGGUGACUGCUGAGAAUUCGGUUUGUUGUGAUGAGAUUGCUGCCUGUUGCAUUCAGUACCUGAUAUGUCGUACGUGUAAAGUGACGUAUCUACCGGUAGUUUUGUAAGCGAAGGCAAUUGGUCGCGAAUAUUUAGAGAUUUAUUUGAAUUUUUUAUAAAAAUUUUCAACUCGUGUUAAACGAAAGUGCUGAUAAUUUUUACGAAAGUGUAAUAUUGUAUUGCGAAAAAAUACAUAUAAAACUAAACGUGUGUUAAUAAAUAAGAAAAAUUAUUUAUUUAUGAAAUUUGUAAACAAAAAUAUUUUCAAGGAAAUUUCACGCAUUGCAAGUGGAAAAUAAUUGAAUUUUUUAUUGUGUGCUAUUUUUGACUACAGCGACGUGUUCGUAAAUAACUGUAUGCUACACAUUUAUAAAUAACUGCCAAUACAUUGUUGUUUGUGCUGUCUAAACUGUGCGUGGCUUUGUGUUGCAGCAUAAAUAGCGUAAUGCCCGAAUUCUUUAAGUUCAAUGAAAUAGAUAUUUGUUUCGAGUGCAUUUUAUCAGUUUGAGAUAUAAAAAGUUAGCGCGUUAAAGCUGACAGCUUUUUUCACUGUGUGUACGCGCAACAAAGCUGCGUCGAUUUGACGUGUGUUAUUGUGUUAUAUAUAUUUUUUUGCUUUUAUCAGCGCGCGCGUGUAUUUGACAACAACAAAAAACGUUUGAUAAUUAUAAAUUAAACGAGUGUGUAUGGCAAAUAUACAUAAAUAAAGAGUAAAAUACCAAUAUUUUUGCUAGCGCGUUCAUAUUACAAAACAAAUAAGCGAACUAACGGCAUAUUUGACAUUGCGUUGAAAAGGAAAUAUGCUUGUGGCUUGCGACUAAACGCAAAUUGCCAGCAACAUAUGGAGCAAAAGUACAAUCUGUAAGCAAAAUACUGCAUUAACGUUAAAUAAAUACAACAUUACCGAGCAGCACCGAACCGAGCAACGUCGAGGCACGAGUUCCAGCUACACUUGGAUUAAAUUUCACCUGAUUUGUAUCGUCACCUUUCGCCUAUAAUUAAACUCAACGUGAUCACGCGCUCACACUACGCUACAUAGCGCAUUAACCAAAUUGCAAUACGCAGAAAACAACAACAAGAAAAGAAAUAAAUAAAAUUCUCACUGACAUCCUUUGGCGCACAUCCAUCAGCCGCCAACUCCAUAAAUCGGCUUAAGAGCUGUGAAAUAAGUGCGCUGCAACAAAAACGAAUAGACGGCAGCCGACAGUAAGCUGCUGCAGGCGAGAAGGUGUGCAAAAAAAAAUACGAAAGCCAAUAACAACAAGGAGUUGAAGGAGCUACGGCUCGUAAGCGCAUAACAGAUUCGCGCAAAAGACCCAUAAUUUUAGUGACGCCACACAUUCGCCGACCUUCCGACGUCGCGCCUCCUCCUCAUACUCCUUCAAAGCCAAGCUCAGCAUCAUCAUCAACAGCCACUUGAAGCCGGCGACCUUUUCGUUAGCCACUUAAGCGUGUGCACCUUUUGUGAGGUUACCCUGUGUUUUUUUUUGUUUUUUGUUAUAACUGAUCUUCGGACGUACGCUCACCAAACGAGAAUACGAGAAUAAGAACCAGCAUCAGCGUUGUCGCCAGCCUGAUCACAGUUGUUUUUGUUUUUGUUGCUGUUGCAGUUAUUGCUGUGAUUAUUAUUGUGUGCUGUGCUGCGCGGCCGCCUAUUGUUGAUCACUUUAAGCGAUCGUUCGUUAAAAAUUAUUGUUGUUGUUAUUGUUCUUGUCGUUGGAUUCCCUCAAGUUGAGCGUAGCGAACCUUGGCCGAUCGCACGGCCAUACAGUCAUACAGACAGACAGACAUUUAUUUAUGAGCGCAGUUCUCGUAUUUUAAACGGUGGCGACGAUCUUCCGCGCUGCACGCCUGUAACUAUUCUACAAAACAACAACAUACACACACACACACAUAAGUGUUAUUGCCAUGCUCCGGCAGUAGUUGUUAUUGUAUUUGGUGUUUUGGACAUUCGUUCUGUGAAGGUGCAGCAGUCGCUUAGCAGCUAAAAACAAAAAAGAAAACAAAGCGUGGCAAAAGAACAGCAGAAAUACAAAAAAAGAAUUAGAGAGGCCUGUAGACGCAUAGGUGUUGUUGUUGUAUAGUCUUCAUAAAAUACUUUAAAGGCCAGCUUGUUGUAGAGCCUGUUGCAGGCGAUCACAGUAAAGCGAAAAGGAACGAAAAAGGCCGAAAGGAGAAAGAGAACGAGCAGCAGUCACAGUCGACAGUAAUGGCGCCGAAAUCCAGAAAGAAGAAGGCACAUGCCCGCACACUGAGUUGUUAUUGCGAUGGCAGUUGUCCCGACAAUGUUAUAAAUGGCACAUGUGAGACCCGUCCUGGUGGUUCCUGCUUUAGCGCAGUCGAAGAAGUCUACGAUGAGAUCACAGGCACAUACGAGGAGGAGCGAACAUAUGGUUGCAUGCCGCCAGAAGAGAAUGGCGGGCUGUUAAUGUGCAAAGUUGCCGCUGUUCCCCACCUGCAUGGCAAGAAUAUCGUCUGUUGUGAUUCGGCUGAUUUCUGUAAUCGCAAUAUCCACCCCGAAUACACACCGAAGAGCACCACCACCCCGCCCGAAUUGCCAGUAAGCUCACAAUCCAUACAUUACCUGCUCAUGCUGACCUCACUGAUUGUCUGUUUGACGAUAUUUGUUGUGGUCCUGCUGAUAUUCUGUGUAAUGUAUCGGCGUCGCGAAAAGCAAGGCAAACAGCCAAGACUCAUCAGCUCCAUGUGUAACAGUCAAAUAUCACCGCUUUCGCAAUUGGUCGGUCAGAGUACGGGUUCGGGUUCGGGUCUGCCACUGCUAGUGCAACGUACCAUCGCCAAGCAAAUACAAAUCGUACGCACUGUGGGUAAAGGACGUUACGGCGAAGUGUUUCUGGCUAAGUGGCGUGAUGAACGCGUCGCCGUCAAGAUCUUCUUCAUGACCGAAGAGUCUUCGUGGUUCCGUGAAACUGAAAUCUAUCAAACUGUGCUUAUCCGACACGAGAAUAUACUCGGUUUUAUUGCCGCCGACAUCAAGCAUAUGGGCAGUCAUACACAAAUGAUGCUCAUCACCGAUUUCCACGAAAAUGGCAGCCUUCAUGAUUAUCUCUGCACAUCGGUGAUUACACCGCAAAAGCUGCAAUUGUUGGCCUACUCACUCGCCUCGGGUUUGGCACAUUUGCAUGACGAAAUCGUUGGUACACCCGGAAAGCCGGCUAUAGCGCAUCGUGACAUCAAAAGCAAUAAUAUACUCAUAAAGCGUAAUGGUCAAUGCGCCAUUGCCGAUUUCGGACUGGCCGUUAAAUACACCUCGGAAAUGGAUGAAAUACAAAUCGCACAAAAUUCACGCGUCAGUACGCCACGUUAUAUGGCUCCAGAAAUGCUCAAUCAGACAUUGAAUCAACAGCAAUUUGAGGAAUUCAAACGCGCCGAUAUGUAUUCAGUUGGUUUGGUAUUGUGGGAGAUGUCCCGACGUUGUUACACACAAGUGCCCGGCUCGAAUACGACCACGUGCGAAGAUUAUGCAUUGCCCUAUCACGAUGUGGUGCCAGCCGAUCCCACAUUCGAAGACAUGCACGAUGUGGUUUGCAUUAAGGGCUUCCGACCGCCAGUGCCGUUGCGCUGGCAGGACGACGAUGUUUUGGCGACCAUGUCGAAGAUCAUGCAAGAAUGCUGGCAUCCGAACCCGACGGUGCGUCUGACGGCGUUGCGUGUAAAAAAGACACUCGGACGCCUAGAGUAAGUCCGACCGACGACAAAAGAGUCGGUCAAUCAGUAGCGUUACGCCGCAGCAGCGUGUAAAAUAUGCGCACAGCGGUUGGUCGCAGUAGCCAUGUUACUAAAGUUGCGUGACAAUUUAACUUUUAAGUGAUUAGCUAUUUUAAGUUUUAAUAUUAAGCGUAGUUUUAAUUGUGCUUAUAUAUUUUUUUAAUACCAAUUUUGUUUAAUCAAAAUAGUUUUAAGCUUUUAGAUUUAGUGUUAAUGUGUACUUGUUUAUAUGAAAGCUGCACUUUGUAAAUUUUCAAUAGCAUUCUAGUGUUUUCGUUGGCAAUAAUUUUAGCUUAGCAUAAGUUUUAGUCUAAUUUUUCUUAAGUGAGAGUGUGCGAAGUGGAGUGUAGGCAGCUUUUCCGUACUGAAAUAGGCUCUAAGAGCUGCAAGCAAAACGCGUUAAUACGCAUAAUAUUUUUCGUAAAACAACUUGCGACUUUUCAAAAAAGUUUAGCUAAACUAACCAUAUAUAUAUAUAUUUUUUUUUUUUUGUAAUUUGAAGAAUGUUCAUUUUUUAUAAAAAUGUUAAUAUAUUUGUAAUAUGUACACGAUUUUAUUUUUCCACUGCAUUAUCGAAAAUUGUCCAAAAAUUUCUCCUUGAAAUUAAAUAUCGCAAUUGUAUCACUUCAACAUCAAUUAAUUUUGUAUGUACCUCUAAGCGCAUUGUUAUGUUUACUUGACACUAAAAACUUAUCGAUAACGUCAAAUCACCAUUCACUUAUUUAUUAUAUAGUUUAUUAAAAGUACCUUAAUUUUUUCUAUUUCUGAUCUAAAUAUUUGUUUUUUACACGGUAUCAAUAUGAAAGCCAUAUCAAAAAUGUUCUUUUUUUUUUAAAGAAACGAAUUUUUUGUGGUUCAUAAAUAUUGCUAUACAAAAAACGCGUUUCUAAUGCAAUUUCUUUGAGACGAUUGUACUACUUUAAUUAAUGUGGCCAAAAUUUGUUACUUUCAUGUUUAUUGCGCAUUGAAUUUUGUUUGUUUUCACUAUUUUAUGCUUAUGACCUAUAAAAUUGCAAGUAUGUUGCAGCAUAUGUAUUAAAACGCUUAAAUAUUAGAAACUUGGCCUUGAAAUGGUUGUUAUAAUUGCCUUUCAAUAGCUUUGUCACAGCGAAAACUAUACAUACUUAAUAUUAAUUAUAAAAAAUAAAAUAGUUUUUAGUAAAAUUUGUAACGAAUUAACAGAGGAGUCUUUAUAAGCGAAAAAUGUGCCAGCAAUUAAUUUAUAAACAAUUUAAAUAAAGUAAUAAAUAAAAUUACCCGCAAAAUUUGUGCUAAAAAUACACUAUAACAUACUUUUUGAAAUAAUUACCUUAAAGUUUUUGAAAAAGUAUUGCCUUAACAGUGAAAUAAAAAUUAAAUAAAAUGCUGAAAUUUAAAGUGAAAAAAUAAUAAAUGAAGAAAUGUUAUAAAAAUAUAAUAAUCACACUUACUAAAAUUAAAAUUUAAAAAGUGUAAUAAAACGGUAUAAAGUAUGUUGUUAAAAAAUUUAACACAUUACUUGUUCAUUUAACAAAAAAUUCACUAAGAUAAUAGAAAAAGUGUAACAUUAGUCGAAUCAGCAUCGAAUAUUGAGAAAAAUCAGAGCAAAAAUUUAUAAAUAUACUUGUAUGUAAAAUAUUCAAAAAUCAGUCGAAGCUGCCUUAUUUUGCAUGAACAUUUUUCAUACGCAACAAAUUAGAGUAAUGAAAUAAUAAAUAAAUAUACACGUGAAAAAAA